GGUGGUUCCGCUGUCCGGCGCUGAGGAGGGGAAGAUGAGCUCAGCGCCCGCCGGGGGGCAGGUAACGUCAGCAGUCGGCCGGAGCAGGGAAAUACUGUGCACACACCUACCAAGUGUUUAUCGGCGGCUCAAUCACUGAUCCACAUUAAUAAUGGGCAGCUAAUCAGCUCCGGGUGACUCAGCUCCUGCCGCUUCUUCUCUUCCCGUCUCCGAGCGCCUCGAUCGGCAGCAUCCCGCGCCCUCCGCCUGGCUUGAAAUGGGAUGAUAUGGGAUUUUUCAUGUCGACGAAGAUCGGAGGGAUUCUUGCCUUUGCUUUGGUAUUCCUGUCCCUCAUGGCGUCAGGAGUCUCUGCAGAUGUGAGGUGUGAGAACAUUUACAAGGACUUUUCCGAUUGUGUCCUGGAGCUGGGAGAGAGCAUGGACAACUACCAGGAGAACGUGACCAGCGAGAGGGGAGUGGCGGCGGUGUGCAGCCACUGGGAAGCUUUCCACACAUGUGCCCUCACAGCGCUGUCUGACUGUCAGGAGGAAGUCAGCUCCAUCUGGGAGACUCUGAGGCAGGACUCCAGGAAGAUACGCUUCCAGGGAAGUCUGUUUGAUCUGUGCAGCCCCAGCUCCUCUCCCAGCAUAAGUUCGCCUCUCGCUGCUCUCACCCUGCCGCUGAUGGUGGCCAUGACUGGGCCCAGCUGGUCCACUGUAUAGAUGAAGAGUAAGGGGUGAGGGGACAGGAGGGGUGAGGAGGCCUUCCCCUCCCGAGUUCAAACUUAAAGCCAAGGAUUUAAGAGGGACAAGUGUUUUGAGGGAAUAUCUUGACACAGAGCCACAGAUGUCUGAGGCAAGAUAAUCAAUAUUUCCUGUGAUGAAUAAUGUUUGAAAUCCUCUCAAACACUCUCCAGCUUUUUCUUCCCUCAUGUCGAGAAACUGGUGGAGCAGUGGAGAGAAAAUUACAUUUCCGAUUUGUCAUUUCAGGCAGAUUAAAGCAAAUGUACUUAUGGGAUUUCAGUUACAGUGUGAUCAAAGUGUGAUCAGUCCACGACAGACACCUAAGGCUCUGGUUCACUAUACAAGGGGUGGACACACUAUCACAUAUAUCUGCACAGUCGGACACGAUCCAGCACAGCCUUCAAUGUAUACUACCUUAGAGGAGAUUUUAAUGGUACUUGUGGUUUCAUCAUACACAGUAGGGUGUUUCCGUUAUUGUGUCCACCCCGUUCCAUGCAUUAUCUGAUUUUAUCAUGAUGGUUAAAGGAAUAAUUUGACAUUCUGGCCGGCAGGUUUUCACGUCUGAUCAGGAAAUAUGAAGCUACACUCAGCAGCCAGUCAGCUUAGCCUGGAAUGUGGCUCCAAGAAAAAUCACACAGUGUCAUUUUUACACUUUUGUACAGAUAUACAAUGUUGAUUUGUGAAGUUUAGAUGUACUGGCAAGUCGAUUUUGAUACCCUCACUCAGAGUCAGUCCAGCUGUUUCCCCCAUUUCUAGUCUUUUUGUUAGGUUGCUGACUGUAACUUCAUAUGUAGUGUACAGACAUGAGCGCAUCAGGCUGUCACAAGGGUCAAAAUGUCAAACUGCUUCUUUAAUCAAGAGCUACAGUGUACAUUAGCACCGAGACACUUAUCUUAAUUUCCAGUGAGUUUGUAUAAAUACAGCCAAGCCAUCAUUAUGUAAUUGUCCAUCAUAAUACAAGAAAACAUUAAAGGGGCACUUCACCGAAAAACAAUUAACUAUCCGAAACUGUUGUUAAGAUUUGAUUGUGAAAAACUACCAAAUCAGACAUUUAUCUGACUGAACUGAUUGAACCACAACUAAACAAUAUUUAAAUGUACUAUUAUGCGAAAUGCCCCUUUAAUUUUGUUCUAAAUGCUAUUAAAUGUUGUAGUUAAGUGACAAUCAAGCAACUUGUACACAACUUUCGAUCCCUUUUCCCUUACGACACUUCAGCUCUCUGUGGCUGAUGUUGCACGGCUGCUAUAAAGACACCAAAAACCGACAUCUGACGCCUGCGUCUCACUCAACCCAUGUUUCAUUUCACUCAUAGCUCUCUUUAGGUUUCUGACCUGUUCGUGGAAAAAGAAAACCUAAAGUGUGAAUGUUCAGUGCUGUGAAAAUAUUCAUGUUACCAAAAUUUUAAUUCCAAGUAUUUGGACACGGGGAACACUAAAAACACAUCAUGUCAUAAUGCAGCACAAUAUAAUAAAAAAAAAACUAGCCCACACUUGGUGCUAUUGGACAAUUAUUACAUGUUGUAUGCAACAUUUAGUUUAAACUAUUGAACUGUAUUCCAUUAUAAAGAGAGGAAUCUCUAUAAUUUAGUGUACCUUCAUUGAUAUAAACAGGGCGGACAAAAUAUUAGAAAUAACCUGUCAAUAAAAUGCAACAAAACAGAUCAACACCUCUCCAAAACACCUCAGUAUUCUGUUGCUAUUUGCACCUAAUAAAUUGGCAAAUUUAAAGCAGAUUUCAGUUCAGACAAGAAUUUUUAAUCGCUAACGAUAUAUGGAUUAAAUGCAAUACCAAAACAAUGGCUAAUUUUUGUAAAUUAUCUAAAACUUUUGCAUGAUUUGUAUUUCAAAGAUCUACCAUUGGAUUGCAUUAUUAUUAUUAUUACACUGAUCAAAUUUCAGAUUUCAAACGGUGCUACAUGCAUACAAAGUGGAGAAACUUAAGCUGUAUUUUACCCAAAACCUACAAACUUCAAAGGCAACAAAAAGAAAGAAAAGCACAGUGAAAUCAGUACGAGUGCUGCAGUUUGUGUAAGAUUUGACUAAUUUAACAACUAAACCAUGUGAUUUAUCACUAAUUGGAAAGAUCUUUUAUGAAACCAUGACAAAAGUCCAAUGUUUUCCCUCUCACUACAAUAACACUCCCUUCGGUUCACAGCGCAUUAUACUAAAGGAGCAAUAGCAUCUAUUUGUUUUCAUUAUCAUGUGUUGAUCUGGUGUUUUUUUUUCCCGAAACUGUGUCACCAUUUGCAUAUUUACUUCAUGCUAAUGGUUGUAACAGAAAUCAUCAAAAACAUGGAUAAUUCCUGUGGUCCUGAAUAUUUUCUGUCAUCUAUUUUAUCACAAAUGCAUGAGAAUUUAUGUGGCAGUGCUUCAAGAAAAUCGGCAGUCUGUUAGUUUUUACUUUGGACAAAGUGUACAGUGGUCUUGGUCUGUGCAUGAAGCUAGGCUAGCUCGUCAGUGUACCGCAUCCUCCAUUAUGCAGAUGUAUGAUCCACACACAUGACCUCCUCCCUUAACCCCAUUAGCAUGUUUGUUGUAGUUGUUUCUACUUAUUUCAUCCGUUGUGUGUGUGGCGGUGACGAUACAAAGACAGUUGUGAUGUCCUCAAAGCAUGAGCAAUACGUACAGUCACUUCUCAAACGGGGACUCUUAUCCAUUCGUAUGCAGCCGAAGAAAGCAUGAAAAUGAUUGCGAUCAUUACGCCAUAACAAUGUACCCUAAUGACAGUUUAAACAUGGGAAGAACUCCUGAAUGUAAAAACAAGUCCAGUGUCCAUGUGGUUUUUCAGUUUACUCAUAAAAAGUACACUAUUUACAAGACUGUAUAAAGCAAUAUAUGGAGAUGUGUUUGUAAUAAUAAAGUACCACGUUUGAAACUUA